AUGAAAGAGUUGGUUUGCGAGAGUGAUCCAGAUGAUCCCGAUUUCAGUCCCGAUAGUGACGAUUCAAGCGAUAGUGACGAUGCAAUCGAGAAUGAUAGUGAGACUUAUGAUAGCGGAGUAGAUGGGGACGACGAUAGAGACGAUGCUGGAGAUGUUGAGGACAAGAAGAAAAGAAAGAGAUCCAAAGAUGAAGCUGAAGAAGAUAUAAUGGAUAGGUUUGAGUAUGAGAUGAAGGAAGUUGUAGCAGAAUGGUUCGAUGAGUUUCAAAUUUGUCUGAAUACUGUUCCAGAUAGCUCAGAUGAAGACGAAGAUCCGGUUGGUGGAUCUACUAGUGAAGCACAGAAGGAGAAGAAGAGCGAAAAGAAGGAUACUCUCACACAAACAACUCAAGCACCUGAAACACUCACUCACACAAAGAAGUAG